AUGCAAUGCCUCGUUGGCAUGUAUACUGGCAAUUGUGAAUGGCUAGAGGAAUUGAAUAGCCUCAAAAUUCCAAUCAAUGAAUGUGCAAAGAAUUCCAAGGAUGGUAUCAACAUCACUAUUCCGCAAGAAGCAAACAUCGUCACUCCGAGCGUAGGAAUACCAUACGAUGAAAGAUCCAUCACAAUCGAAACGAACGCUUUGGCUGGGCCAGUUCUUCCUACUCCUGUACAGGUUGUGCCUCCCAUCGGGUCCUUCCUCGACUCCAGCAGCCUCGCGUUUGAUCACAACGCUUCUGCAGCAGAGGUCAGCACUUUGUUGUUGAGAUUCCGAGCCAGUAUGUCAAUCUUCAUCGGGGAGGUUGUGACUCUCCAUCUUCCUGGCUUCCAGCAGGAGCGCCAAGUCCCCGUUGUUUUUUCCAGUGUUGAGUUUUCGGCAGCGAGCUGGCAAGCAUCUUCGCAGUCACUCAUUUUCACGGCUGGGGAAAACAUCACAGCGGGGACACUGUGCAAUGUUACUGUUCUGCGUGACGCGAUGAUACGGUUGCCUUUGGACGGAGUACGGGUCAAUCAAAGCAGUCUGAAACUGAGCACCAAUGCACGGCAGGGGCCCAUCUUGCCAACGAGCAUCUCAUUGGUCCAGCCUGUAGGACACUUUGUACAAUCUGAGCUGUUGUAUGAUCCAGGAAUGGCUGGAGUACCAAAUAAAAUAACUCUGAAGCUCGUUGCGAGCAUGAAUAUGAGUGCAGUGAAGGAAUUUCGCUACCUAGCGAGGGAAUUCGUACAAACUCUACAAGAUUUCUACUUAGAAGUGAUGCAGUCGAGGGACCGGUCUAUAAAGCAUUUGCCAAUUCCCUUCCCGUGGGAUGGUCAAGGUACCAAUGUUCGAUUCAACUUCAUUCCAGAGAUGGCACUAGAUAUCAACGAUAUUAUCACAGUGAAGCUUCCGGGUUUCUCAACCAACAAUGUUCAAUCGAAUUUUAGUCUGAUAUCAGAUCCAAUUCAGAUUUUCAGCUCCGCUUCCUGGAACUCGAUUACGCAAGAGCUAAAAAUGACAGUUAGCGCCCAUGUGGAUAUGAAGACCAAUGUCUCGAUUUGGACCGAGCCGACGAUAAAUCUGACACUUCCAAAUAUAGGAGUUGGGAAACAUAACAACGGAAUCAUGCUCUCUGCUGAUGCAGCCGCUGGACCUGUCUAUUUCAUUCGGCCAUCCUAUAUACAGUACAUUGGAUCCUUUCUGGACUCCACAGCUCUUUCUCUCUCGCCUAUCCUUGCUAAUGCAUCAGUCGUAAUUGAAAUCUCAUUUGUUCCAGAAAUGAAUAUUUAUCCUGGAGAAAGCAUCAAGAUAACAUUGACGGGUUUCACCGGUAAGGACUUGGCUACAGGGCUGCCAGAAAACAACAUUUUGUUCAAUGUGACGUGGACAAGCAGCGAGAAUGUGCUGGAAAUCAUUCCAUUGAAAUUGAUCACCAGAGGUACCAGCGAGUUAUUGGUAAUCCCGUCAUCGUUUGGAAUUAGAAGCCCGUUGACCGGUCUCAGUGGCAAUCAAACUGAUUUAAAGAUCAGCACUAAUGCUGCGGAAGGGCCUGUUUUACCCACUCCAAUACGACAAUCACCAUCUAUAGGAUCAUUCGGUGACUCUACAAGGCUAGAUUUCUCACCACACAUACCAGGUGCAUUAGCGGAGGUGUACAUCCAUUUUGCUCCAACGAUGGAUAUAUUUGCAAACGGAACUGUAGUAGUCGACCUCCCGCUCUUCUCAAAGCAGCAGGGAAGCUGUGUCGUGUUUAGCUGUGUUCCGGAUGUUGUGUCUGAUAUAACUUUCGUUGAUUCUCAAUUGAGAAUUCAGACAUUUAAACAAAUCAAUGCGCAACAGAAUGUUUCUAUCGUUAUAAGUAACCGUUCCGGAUUCACAGUUCCUUUGGCUGGAAUACAAAGAGAAACCAAGAUCUACACGAUUUCUACACAGGCAUCCAGUGCUCCUGUUAUUGCUACACCUUUUUAUCAUGUGAGAUCAUUGCCAUCAAUUUUGUACAAACAAGCGCAGGGAUUUGUAGUCGCCAAAAUAGAUGCGAAUUCUGUCAUUCUUGAUGCAAACGCUGAUAGCACUUUGGACAUCUACAAAGCUUGCACUCUGAUAGUUUACUUCAACGGAACACAAAAUGCAUUCGAGGCAAGGGUGAUCCAAGAAUUUCAAUCAGGCCGACGGGCGAUAGUGAAUGGAAACUUCUCAAGCAUCAAGAACAACAAAUAUGUUAUCCAAUGUCCGACACCAAAGUUUUUCUUCACUCAACCAAUACCUGGCAGCAAUAUUGAUACAUUGACAUUUGAAAUGGUAUCCAGAUACCCCUUGAGCAGCGGUGACAAAAUCUCGUUACAAGCACCAGAUUUUCAGUUCUGUAGAUUCCGAUGCUGUCCAACGUCUAUCAUACCUACAGGAAUUCUUGAGGGCCAGGUUUCAAAUGUCGAUAUCGUUCGAGGAAACGUGACUUUCAAUUACAGCGACCCCGAUAUCGUGUGGAACGGCGAUGAUUCAACCUUUCUAGUUACUAUGAGAAGGGACGUCAUGCCAUACACGUUGACACGGGUAGUUAUCAACACAGUCAAUGCAAAUGGCCACGCAAUCUGGCCACCGGAAGUCCUGCUACCAGAUUCAAACAAGAUUGGUGUUUCUAUUUCAACUAAAGACAGUGACAUGUCAUUGGUUCCAAUCAUAGUUUCGCAACCCAUUGGAUUCUUUGCAAGUAUCCCAAAAUUGGUUUUCGAUCCCCAAGUUGCAGGCGGAAACACGCAGGUUACUUUGAACUAUUCGACCAUUGCUGAUUCAACCGAUCCGAUCACGAAGAUCAAGCUGUAUUUACCCAGUUUUACUGCCACAAGUCAGACUUUCUCGUUGCCAUCAAGUACCAUCUCGAUAUCUCAAUUGGUUGGUGGAGUCUCCGUCAAUAUUGUUUGGAAUCAUCAAGCCACGUCACAUGUCACCUAUACGCUUCCAAGUACUUCUGGGAUCAAAUUGCCAAUAACAGGUAUAAGAUCUGAACAGAAUUCAUUUCAGAUUGAAGUGAAAGACGGAUUUCCUACGAUAGCAUCAACGAGCAGGAUUGGAGCCUUCGAAAACGUCAUGAUGUCUUUGAAUCCACCUGUUGCAGGCUCGACAGUGCAGAUCACUGUCACUCUCCAAAAUAAAAUGCAGAUCAUGAAUGGCGAAUCGAUUUCUCUUCGACUACCAAGAUUUGAAUGCUCCCAAUGUGACAAAGAGCUGCCACUGGGUGGACGGAACAGGAAUGAUUUCAUUGCACAGUGGGAUUCGCAUUCAUCGACUUUGAUCUUCGUUGUGAAGUGCAAAUCGAGGUUUGAUGUCGGAUACAACUUUGAAAUCAUCUUGCAACAGUCAGCAGGCUUGAAAUCCCCUGCUCUUGGAAUAUCCACGGAUUAUCAAUCAAACGCCAUCACGAUAUCAUCAAAUGCAACCGAUGGCCCAGUACAUGACAUGCUGGUUGCAGACGUCACUCCAGUUGGGCUCAUCGAAGAUUCUACCAUACUGUACAGCCGGCAUCUGGCUGGAGCAAUCAUCAGCUUGAGAAUAUCAUUCAAAACAAUGUUCAAACUCGAUCGAGGGGAUGUCAUCGAUGUAUUCCUUCCCAAAUUCAGCGUCAACAAUCCCGUCUUUGCUGAUUCUGCUUGUUUUGGGUUGGGUUGUGCAUUUCUCAGCUUUGAGACAAAUUGGAUAGAAAGUCAGGCAAGACUUUCAAUCAGAAUUUUGUACGGUUCUGCAGCAGUUGGAGAUCUUGUCAACAUAUUCAUCCCUGCUGAAAUUGGGAUUCGGCUACCUCUCGGAGCACUUUCACAGAAUGAUGCAUCCAUCAGUCUGUCUGUCAGCGCUGCAAGCGGAAAUUAUGCGAAGAGUCCAUUUCAUUACUCGGAAUCUGUGGGCUACGUGCAAUAUUCAGAGAUCGAUUUUGAACCAAGAAGAGCUGGCUCCCUCGUCCAGGUCAAUCUGCUGGUUGUGCCUGCAAUGAACUUGACCAGUGGAGACCAAAUUAAUGUCCAGCUUCAAAACUUCGUGCGAGUAGAUCCUGCUUCAAGCUCAAACUCUGCUUCAAAUUCGUACCUUUUGUCAUGGUCCUCACAAUCGCAGCAACUUACGAUCCAAUUACUUACCUCCUAUGCUGCUGGUACAAAUGUUCGUUUUGAAAUUCUAUCUUCCUUCGGGAUUACCACCCCCAAUGACGGCGUAGCACCAAACUCAAUUUUCAUCCAAGUUGUCUCCAAAAGCGGUUAUGUGGACUGGGGAAAUGUUGGACAAGCUCCAGCCAUUGGAUCGUUUCUGUUUUCGAAAAUCUUAUUUGAUCCAGCGGUUGCUGGAUCUGCAUCAAACAUCAACAUUGAUCUCCAAACUUCGAUGAGCUUUCGACCCAGUGAUCAGAUUGUUGUUGAAAUGAGAGGUUUUCACAUCUUGAAUAACUCCGAUGCGUUGGUACAAGAAAGCUGUUUCCGAGUUGUUCCGGAAAAUCUAUUGGCUGUCAGGAUAAUUUCAAAGCAGAAUCACAGCAAUUCGAACGAUACCAAUCAAUCUUUGAUCAAUUGCACUUGCCCUUACGUUUGUCAUGAACAAGCAAAUGGGAUAUCUUUGUCACUCGAUCUCAAAACUGAGCUGCCUGCACGGACAUCAUUCAAGGUGGAACUCCGCGCGUGUGCUGGAAUAGUCAUCUCUAAGGUUGGUGUCACGGAUGCCGAUGUCGUGAUCAGUACAAAUGCUUCUUUGGGCUUUGUAUUAAAAACACACUUCCAGCAAUUGACUACAGUUGGCGCCUUUGCAGAAUCGCCCGAACUCAUGUUUUCAAUCUCAAACACUACCAGACGCACAGCAAUUUCAGUUGCCUUCAGUACAGUGAUGACCCUAUAUUUGAAUGAUGCCAUCGUGCUCUGGCUUCCUCAAUUCACCAUCAACCGACAAGAAGCGACUUCCUUGCAAAUGAUUGUGGACAAUGAAACGUUUGCAGUGAAAAACUAUUCCUGGCUUAGUUUUACCAAUGAUCCAUGUAUGGGAGGUAAGCUAUUCAUAAACGUCCCAACAACGAUUCAAUCUUGUGUGGGACUUCAAGUUCUUGUUCCGGAGACGUUUGGAUUUGUUUUACCUGUUUGGAACACAUCGACUUUGAGCAAAGACUUUAGGAUACAGCUCAUUUCUGAUCGCAUGCCAAUCCUACCAACUACAGUGAGUAAUUAUUCACCAUUCCAAGACCUGUUCGAAAUCUUCUUCAUUGACUUCACAGGGUAUGAUCCUGAAACGUGUGGCAGUGUACGGACUAUAGAAAUCAACUUCAAGGCCAACAUAGAUUUCCAAGAUGGUGAUAACCUGCAAUUGAAGUUGCCUGUGGAGUACGAACUUCUCCCAGGAUUUCAGACCCACCCUAAAGCAACUUCGGGUUUCAACAUCACGAGAUCGAACGAUGUCAUUGAAAUCUACUUUACAGAGCUUAAGCCCCAUUCAACGCCGACAAGCUUGAGUAUCAACACAUCCAACCUACUGAGGCUGCCCACAGCUGGACAGGUGGAAAAUGCAAGUAUGAUUGGAAUACAAGCUUCCAUUGGAAAAGAAAAGAUGUGCAUUCUUCAGAUAUUGUUUACAGAAUUCGUGUCAACAACACAAGAAUCAGACUUCCUUACAACGGCGUAA